AUGCUUGCUAUAUUCAUUAUAAUAUUACCUUUAUCAAAUUCUCAAAAGUGUUCAUGUAAUGAAAUCUAUAUUGAGGAUUUGUGUUAAGAAGCAAGGGGAUGUGCUUAUGAUGCUAAGUCUGGAUUUUGUGAAGAAAUUUAAUGUAUUGAUAGAAUGAUUGAUGAUUGCUUUUACUUUGCAGGAAAAAUCAGAUGUUAUUGGGAUAAUAAGGUUGGAUUCUGUUAGGAACUGUCAAGUUGUGAGUAAUUUCAAGAAUUGGCAGAAAAAGAUACAUAUAAGGAAUAUUGUUUAGAUAUAAAUUGUUCUUGGGAUUAUUAAGAUUAAAUAUGUGUAUCAAAAUCUGAAUAGAAAUUGUGUUAAUAAUAUGAUGCUAAAUACUGUUUAGGUGCCUCAUAAACAGUAGGUCUAAAAACCAGUAAUUGUGUUUUGAAUGGAGAAUAAGGUGAUGUCUGCACAGCAUUUCUCAAUUGUGAAGACAUCACAUAUAAAGAGUCUUGUGAUCUAGAAUCUUGCAAAUAUGAAGAUGGGGAAUGCAAAACCAAGGACUGUAAGGAUUAUACAAUUUCAACUUGUCCUAAUUAUAAUAAAAUAAGUGGUUAGCAAUGUUACCCAGUAAGUGAUACAGGAUGCUCAGAAUUUUUAUGUGAGGACUUCGCUGAGAUUACUGAUUGUCAAAAUCAUCCACGAUGUUUUUGGAGUCAAGAUUUAAACUAAUGUUAUUAAUAAGCUUGCGAUAAAGCCACAUAUGCCACUUAAUGUUUAAGUUUUAGUUAUGUAGUUGAGAAUGCUGAGUGCAAAUGGGAAAACGAUAAUUGCUAUUCUUGUUAUUCAAUUAUCUUGUAUAAUUUGUUAUUCUCUUAUUUAUUAAGUUGA